AUGUCGUCUUCAUCAUCGUCGACCUCUUUUGAUUCGUUCGGUUCCGAGGAUUACGAUGAUGCUAUUGAAAGUGCCGUUGUUGGCGCCGUUACUUUGGCCAUGAGGGUCGCGCAAGAGGAGGAGGAAGAGGAAGAAGAAGAGAGGCCGCGUUUUACUAGAAGGGUGGUUCUUGUACGUCGUCGCGCAGAGGCACAAGAAAACUUGAUGCGAGACUACUUCGCGGAUCAACCAACUUACACCACGAGACAAUUUAGACGGCGGUUUAGAAUGCAUAAAGGUUUGUUUUUAAAGAUUGUUGGCGACAUGGAACGAGAAUAUAGAUAUUUUCAACAAAGGGUGAACGCCGCGGGAAAGUUUGGUUUUACCGCACUUCAAAAGUGUACAGUCGCAAUUCGACAACUAGCGUACGGCGUGACGAGUGAUUUGCUUGACGAGUAUUUGCAAAUGGCGGAGAGGACCUCACGGGAGGCGCUUGGCCAUUUUUGUAGUGGCGUAAUUCAAUUGUAUGGCCAUACAUACCUACGUAGACCAACAUGGACUGAUCUUCAGCGUAUAUAUGAUGUGCAUGAAAGAGUUCAUGGUUUUCCCGGUAUGAUUGGUAGUAUUGACUGUAUGCAUUGGCCAUGGGAGAUGUGUCCCACAGCAUGGAGAGGCACUCACACACGGGGUGACAUAGGGUCUUAUAAUGACAUCAACGUAUUCGAGUCAUCUCCUGUGCUUGAAGAUCUUGUAUCCGGUUUGGUGCCCUCAGCUUCAUUUUUUGCAAAUGGUAACUUCUAUAAGAGAGGGUACUACCUAGGGGACGGGAUAUACCCCGAGUAUGCUACAUUCGUCAAGACUUUUACCGAUCCAAUUGACGAGAAGAGAAAGCUUUUUAAGAAAAAGCAAGAGUCGACACGUAAAGGUAUAGAAAGGGCUUUUGGUGUGUUGAAAAAAAGAUGGAAGAUCCUUAAUCAUCCGGCUCAGUAUUGGGACAAGGAACUCAUGCAAGACGUGAUUUAUUCUUGUAUCAUCUUGCAUAACAUGAUAUUGGAGGACGAGGACAAGACCAUAUGUCAAGACUACAAUCCGGAUGAACCUUCUCUAGUACCGGGCUAUUGGGAGCAAAUGACUCCAUUGGAACAACGAAUUCAAAACCGUCAUGUUAUUAAAAGUCGAGAAACACACAAUAUGCUUACGGCGGACUUGGUUGAUCAUCUUUGGUCGACCCAAGCACAUGACUUUGAUCCCGAUAACGAGGACCUCCCGGAUCUCAACGAGUAUGUUAGUUCGGACGAUGAGUAG